GGCGUUGAAGGACCCCUAGGCCUCGGCCCUGCUGUCAGUUUUUGUCCAGUUUAGCGCAGGCUGGCUGCUCGCUAAUCGAGCAGAGAGACCGUUGUUACCGGCGGUGCGGUUGUGGUGAUCCGGGGAGGAGUGAAAGUGAGCGGCAGCUGUCACAGUGGUGACUAUUUCGGGACUGACUGUAACCAGGAGCUCCAGGGAGGGUGCCGCGAACAGCGCAACGCGGCGACGCACUGAGGGUCGGCUACAGGAGCCGGAGUGAGGCGGGCUUUGCUCAGAUGGAGGCUCGGAGCGAGCAGAGGCCAGGCUGCACGGCCCAGGCCAACCGGCCACAAGUAUAGCUUCAGCUAGCAGCGUUAGCCGAGACUCGGCUACCUAGGCUAAAUACACAUCUGCGCCUUUUCCUGAGCAUCGCUGUAGUCUCAGUACUGAAAGGGACUCUUUCCCGCUCAGAUCCGUUUGCAGCCGCAAGUCGAUUUGUUAAACCACUUUUGUCCGUUUUUUUCCUCACAAACUUCUCAGAAGUUGUUUUGUUUUGUGUGUGGGACUCAAGUUGUGUAUUAUAACCGAAGUUGGUCGGCGGUUAUUUUGACUGGUACCGUUACCAACUCUUUUUUCUGGUUGGUGACUUUUAGCACAUUAACGUUAACUCCCUCUUCGCCUUCUGUGGCGGCGGCGUUGUUAGCUAGCUCAGUGUUUUUGUCUCAUUUCCUCAGCUUCUCUGCUGUAGCAGGAACGACACUAACAGCCUUGCCCCCCUCUGAGCGCUUUGGCAGCUUUGACCAGCUAUACAGCGAUGGAGGAAAAUGACAACAUGGACUAUUUUUACCAGCAAGUGUUGCAGAAGGACGUGAGCCGGCGGCUGCAGGUUGGCCCGGACCUCAUCGACUACCUCAGUGACCCGCAGAGAUCCGCGGACGUGGAGCAGGACAAAUCCCGGCUGGAUAAAACCAUAGACGAACUAACCGGGUGGGUCAAUUCAAGCAACUACAAGGUUGCCUUGCUGGGGAUCGAUAUCGUCAGCGCGUUUGUCGAUCGGAUGAGUGAUCGCUUUCGAGGAUAUGUAGGCACAGUGGUCCCUGCGUUAGUGGAUCGUCUGGGUGAUGGAAAAGAUCAGGUUCGAGAUCAGGCGCAGGCGCUCAUUCUCAAACUGAUGGAACAGACAGCCACUCCCAUGUAUGUAUGGGAGAGGUUGUUCCCUGGCUUCAAACACAAGAACUUCCGCAGCAGAGAGGGCCUGUGUUUGUGCCUGGUCACAACACUCAAUGCGUAUGGUGCCCAGCCAUUGAGUCUGAGUAAAUUUGUGCCUCAUUUGUGUGUGCUAACAGAAGACCAGAACCCCCAAGUGCGGGAGACUGCCAUGUCAACUCUGGUGGAGGUGUAUCGGCAUGUAGGAGAGCGAGUGAGAGCAGAUUUGGGCAAGAGAGGACUACCAGCUGCACGGUUGCAGACUAUUUUGAGCCGGUUUGAUGAAGUGUUGAAUUCUGGGAACAUGGCUCUCAGCCUCAGUCAAGAUCGCAGCUUUGAUGAUGACGACUCGGUGGAUGGUAGCCGUCCCUCCUCGGCUCAGGCAGCUUUCAAAGUGCCGAAGGUGCCGAAGAAACCUGGAGACUCGGCCAGCAGCUCCAGGAGACCCAGUGCUACAGGAGCCGCCAAAACGAGUGGGUCUAAAGAGGGAGCCGGCGCUGUAGAUGAGGAGGACUUCAUUAAAGCAUUCACAGAUGUUCCUACUGUUCAGAUCUACUCCACACGGGAUCUGGAGGAUAAUCUAAACAAGAUCCGAGAGAUUUGCUCUGAUGAUAAACAUGACUGGGAUCAGAGAGCUAAUGCAUUAAAGAAGAUCCGCUCUCUGCUGGUUGCUGGGGCUAACAACUACGACUGCUUCUACCAGCACCUUCGGCUGCUGGAUGGAGCAUUUAAGCUGUCUGCUAAAGACUUGCGCUCCCAGGUGGUGCGAGAGGCCUGCAUCACUGUGGCGCACCUGUCCACAGUGUUGGGGAAUAAGUUUGAUCAUGGAGCAGAGGCUAUUGUCCCUGUGUUGUUCAAUCUCAUCCCUAACUGUGCUAAGGUGAUGGCCACUUCUGGCACGGCGGCAAUCCGCAUCAUCAUACGGCACACUCAUGUGCCACGGCUGAUUCCUCUCAUCACAGGGAACUGCACGUCUAAGUCUGUGGCUGUGAGGAGACGCUGUUAUGAGUUCCUGGACCUGCUGCUGCAGGAGUGGCAGACACACUCACUAGAAAGGCAUGCUGCAGUUUUGGUGGAGAGCAUAAAAAAGGGAAUCAGAGAUGCAGACUCAGAGGCUCGAGUGGAGGCCAGAAAGGCGUACUGGGGGCUGCGGGCUCACUUCCCUGGGGAGGCGGAGUCUCUCUAUAACUCAUUAGAACCGUCCUAUCAGAAGACACUCCAGUCGUGUCUGAAAAGCUCAGGCAGCGUAGCGUCACUGCCACAGUCUGAUCGCUCUUCUUCGAGCUCCCAGGAGAGCCUCAAUCGGCCGUUGUCAUCAAAAUGGUCAGCUGCUCCAGGCAGAGUUCCAGCCAGCUCCAAGUCAUCGGGCUCCCCAGGCUCUCUGCAGCGAUCACGGAGUGAUGUGGAUGUGAAUGCAGCAGCUGGAGCUAAGGCAAGACACAGUGGGCAGGCGGGAGGAGCCGGGCGCCUCACCACAGCGCUGCCCCCAGGCUCAUACGCCUCCCUAGAUGAUUCUUCUGAUAAGGAUGGGCGACUACGCACCAAGCAACCAUUAUCGACACCAUCAGGAGUGGGCAGCAGUCAAGUGGACUCCAGGGGACGGAGCCGAACAAAGAUGGUAUCUCAGUCCCAGCGUUCCGACGAUUCUGAUUGCACGCCAGCGGGCUCUCGUUCUGGCUCUCCUGGCCGCGUAUUAGCAAGCACAGCUUUGAGCACACUCAGUACAGGUGCACAACGGGUGAGUGCAGUUCCAAGCUCCCACCGCCGCAGCAGGAUCCCCCGCAGUCAGGGCUGCAGCCGUGACUCUAGCCCAACACGCCUGUCUGUGGCGCCGUCAAACAUUGGCCACAUGUACAAUGGAUCAAAAGGAGCGCGGGGUAGUCGUAUACCACGGCCUAGUGUGAGUCAGGGCUGCAGUCGCGAGGCCAGUCGAGAGAGCAGCAGAGACACCAGCCCUGUGCGCUCCUUCACACCGCUUGCUUCGCGGCACUACUCUCGCUCUACUGGUGCUCUCCACGCCCCAGAUGCCUUUGGGGCAGCAGGUUCAGGAUUGGGGAUGUCUCAGUCCAGUCGUCUUUCUUCCUCUGUCAGUGCCAUGAGAGUGUUAAACACUGGAUCAGACGUAGAGGAGGCUCUUGCUGAUGCACUGCUGUUAGGAGAUAUGCGGAGCAAGAAGAAACCAGCCCGGCGGCGGUACGAGACCUACGGGAUGUACUCUGAUGAUGAUGCUAACAGUGAUGCAUCAAGUGUGUGCUCGGAGCGCUCGUACAGCUCUCGUAACGGAAGCAUUCCCACAUACAUGCGUCAAACUGAGGAUGUGGCCGAAGUGCUUAACCGCUGUGCCUCCGCCAACUGGUCAGAGAGAAAGGAAGGGUUGAUGGGACUGCAAACUUUGCUGAAGAACCAGCGAACUCUCAGUCGAGUCGAGCUGAAGCGGUUGUGUGAGAUUUUCACCAGAAUGUUUGCAGACCCACACAGCAAGCGUGAGUCCAGAGGCUUCGGCACGGCAGAAUCCGGUAUCAGUUCCGCCUCCUUUAAGAGAGUGUUCAGCAUGUUUCUGGAGACGCUAGUGGACUUUAUAGUGGUGCAUAAGGAGGAUCUGCAGGACUGGCUGUUUGUUCUGCUCACGCAAUUGCUGAAAAAGAUGGGUGCAGACCUGCUUGGCUCUGUACAAGCUAAAGUGCAGAAAGCCCUUGAUGUCACAAGAGAAUCUUUUCCUAACGAUCUGCAGUUCACCAUCCUCAUGAGGUUCACUGUUGACCAGACACAGACGCCCAACUUAAAGGUGAAGGUGGCCAUCCUGAAGUACAUUGAGACGCUGACGCUACAGAUGGAGCCACAGGACUUUGUGAACUCCAGUGAGACAAGACUGGCAGUUUCCCGCAUUAUCACAUGGACCACAGAACCCAAGAGCUCUGAUGUUAGGAAGGCGGCCCAGUCCGUGCUGAUCGCACUGUUCCAGUUGAAUACACCGGAGUUCACCAUGCUUCUUGGUGCACUUCCUAAAACCUUCCAAGAUGGAGCCACCAAACUCCUUCAGAACCACCUGCGCAAUACAGGCAAUGUAGCACAGGCUCCAGUGGGUAGCCCUCUGACACGACACACACCAAGAUCACCAGCCAGUUGGUCUAGCCCUCUAACAUCCCCUACCAACACAUCACAGAACACACCCUCACCUAGUUCAUUUGAUUAUGACACAGAGAAUAUGAACUCAGAGGAGAUCUACAGCUCUCUGCGUGGGGUUAGCCAAGCCAUCCAGAACUUCAGUGUCCGCAGCCAAGAGGACAUGACUGAACCACCACGCAAAAGAGAGGGGGAUGGAGGAGAAGAGGGUGGUCCUGACACUACGGAUUCUGGUCGGACAGCUCUGGAUAACAAAACCUCUCUUCUGAAUACCAUGCCCUUACUGUCCUCUAGUCCCCGCCCCACGAGGGAAUACCAACCAGGGAGUUACUCUGACUCUUCCUUUGGCUCUUCCCCCUUUAAUAAGAGCCUGAAAGAUGCACUAGACCAAGAUGCAGAGUCCCUUACAGAUGACAGCAGUGUGGACCAGUCAGAGGUGGUAGCUGAGCUACUUAAAGAGCUCUCCAAUCACAGUGAGCGGGUAGAGGAGAGGAAGGCAGCACUCUGUGAGCUCAUGCGGCUGAUCAGGGAAACACAGCUGCACGUCUGGGACGAGCACUUUAAAACCAUUCUCCUGCUGCUACUGGAAACUCUGGGGGAUGGAGAGCAUGUGAUUCGUGCAUUGGCACUGCGAGUGCUGAAGGAGAUUCUAAACAGGCAGCCGUGGCGCUUUAAGAACUAUGCAGAACUCACCAUCAUGAAGACCUUGGAAGCACACAAAGAUCCACACAAAGAGGUGAUCCGGGCAGCUGAAGAGGCCGCGGCAAUGCUGGCGAGCUCCAUAAGCCCAGAGCAGUGCAUUAAGGUACUGUGCCCCAUCAUUCAGUCUGCAGACUACCCCAUCAACCUGGCCGCCAUCAAGAUGCUCACCAAAGUCAUCGAGCGCCUGUCCAAGGACGGCCUGCUCCAGAUGCUCCCUGAGAUUGUCCCUGGGCUCAUACAGGGUUAUGAUAACUCUGAGAGCAGCGUACGAAAAGCUUGCGUGUUCUGCCUGGUGGCUAUCUAUUCCAUCAUUGGAGAGGAUCUUAAACCUCACCUCAGCCAACUGUCUGGCAGCAAAUUGAAGCUGUUGAACCUGUAUAUAAAGCGUGCUCAGAGCGGCUCCAGUGGAAGCGACCCGUCCUCAGACAUGGGAGGUCAAGGCCUGUAGCUCAGCCCACAGGACUUUAUGAGGGCAGGGAGCCCUAGCAGGCUUUUUAACACGCAUACAAAACACUCAGACUGCUAUACACUGACACAGGCUUGCAGUCACACACUCUCACAUGUAUGGACCUACACUUCUGGACGCCAUCCCUUGCCUUCACUUUACCCUCUAGCUGCAGUCUGAAGCCAGGUGGGGCAGCACUGGACUCGUCUGAAACUCUUCCUCCCAAACAGAAUUCAACUGUGUUUGUGCGUGAGUGUGUCUUACUUUGUGGAAGCUCCAUCUUUGACGCUGGUGGUAAGCUUUGUAGAGCUUGUUGACUGAUAAUGGAGGGAAUGUGUGUGCGUGCGUGCGUGCGUGUGUGUGUGUGUGUUCGUGUUCACUUAUCUGUGGAAAUCCCAGCAGUGAGAUAAGGGGGAGAGAGGGGAGGCUUUGGGUGUCAUUCCACAAUAUCAAGAUCAUUUCUUUUGUAUCAAAGAGCUUUUUGGGGAAAACUCAGAUUUGUAAGAUGCAAUUCAAAACUCCAGAAUCUGAGCAGAAAUAUCAUUAACAACCUGAAGGCUCCUUAUUGAUUAUUAAUGGUCAUAUCACUUCAUAACACUGAGCGGUUGGUCCAGCUUGCUCUAUUAUAUGGCAUAUUUUGCUUGGCUAUAUGCAUGUCAUGAUUAAAAACCAACCCUUUUAUCUGGUAGCCUACAAGGCUUAACAGGUCCGGCAACCCAUUCUCACGCCCAAGAUGCAUCGCAGUUGUUCUGUGAAGCCAGACAUGACUGAUUACAUAGGCAAUAUGUAUCUAUAUAUAACACAACAGGAGUAUUCGAGAAGGUUUUGUGUUGCUCGGAGGGCGCGUGGAUUCUUUUCAGUAGCAUAGUGUCAUUCUUCUCUGAUGGGAAAUUUGUAGAAAUGUAUUUACGCAUUUAAAUGGCAAAACCGUUGUGUCUCUUUCUCCUCCCUGUAGUCUCUCUUUCUCCCCUUGUGAGGAAAUUGUUUCCUCUGUUGUUUCCCCGCUGCAUUUCUAGAGCUAUGCUAACAAUGAAAUGAAAAUAAAGACAAAAUGUACAGACAUGA